CUAUAAUUCUAUAUAAGGCCUCUUGGUGUUCAAGAAUAAUCAUCUCAAAACAACACAUUUCAUCAGUUUUUGCUCAACCCUACUCCACAAUACAAUUUAUUCACAUACAUCUCUAGAAGAAAAAUGGCAGGUACCGCUACAAAUUUGAUGUGCUUGUUCCUCAUUCUUGGCAUUGCUGCCCCUAGCCUGGCCACUGAAUACGUGGUUGGCGACUCAGCUGGUUGGAACCUAGACGUUAAUCUUAAAUCGUGGAGUCAUGUAAAGACCUUUAAGGUUGGCGACGUUCUUGUUUUCAAGUACGACCCAAAACUCCACAACGUGGUUCAAGUAGCAGACUUCGCCGAUCUUGCUACUUGCCGUCCACGCAAUAUAUUGAGCGUUGAUAACAGCGGGAAGACCACUAUCACUCUUGACAAACCUGGAAAAUUCUACUACAUUUCUUCUCUCUCCACUGAUUGCCUCAAAGGUCUCAAGAUGUGUGUCACUGUCACUAUACUUGGUUGAGAACAAUCAAGGGAACAUUAAUGAUUUCCUAUUGUUAUAUAUUAAUGGAAGUGAUCAUAUUUCUUCUUUUGAUCAUUAAGGUUGUAUGAAUAAAAUUUGUAAGAAUGCAUCGUUACAAACCAUGCAUGUGUUCAGAAUAAAACUGCUGUUCGUGCAGGGUA